AUGAUACUCAAAGUCUCUAAGAAAUCGGCCCAGGGUGGCUUAUUGAGGACCUGUGAUUCGCUGAAUUACUUUAAUUAUUCAAAACGCUGCAUCGGAUGGGACCUACCAUCCCGAGAUUCACCUUACUGGUGGUUUUAUUACAUGAGUACUGUGUCGGUUAUCGGUAUGGGCUACAUUUAUUUGCCAUUCGGUCUCGUUAUGACGGGAGUCAAGGACAUGCAUAAGUUUUCAAUCACCGAUUUGUUCACCUAUUUACAAGCUCCGGUUAACUCUUUGUCUGCCAUUACCAAGGCGAUAAUUAUUUACUUCAUGAGAAAAAGGUUUUUCAAGGUCCAUGAGGUAAUGGACCGCAUGGACGAUCUAAAUUCGGGAGAGGAGGAUAAAGGCGCCAUUCAAAAGUGUAUUAAAGAUUGCAGAAAGGUAACCAUAAUUUACCAAAUGAUUUACUAUGGAUAUCUAUCAAGCGCUGUCCUUGGAGCCAUGGCCAAUAGAUCUACUCCAUAUCAUUUGUACAAUCCCUACAUAAACCCGAGUGAAAGCCUCUUCGAAUUUUUCGUGGGGAAUGUAAUAGAAUCCAUUGCCACGAAUGGCAUAAUAUUAACUAACAUAGUUACGGACGUUUAUACCAUAGUCUAUGUGGUGGUUUUGCGCACCCAUAUCGACUUGCUCAAGCGACGAAUUGAAAACUUGCGGUCCGAUCCCGACAAAAGCGAAGAUGAAAACUAUGACGAACUGGUGAAGUGUGUCAAAGCCCACAGGUUAAUCAUUGAGUAUGCAGACCUCAUAAGGCCCGUAAUCUCAAACACCGUCUUUGUUCAGUUGGUCUGCACCGGACUUCUUCUGGGCUUGUCCACAGUUUCGAUUAUGUUCUUCGAUAUCGUGGAUCGCCUCGUUACAGUAUAUUACUCAAUGGCAAUACUUUCCCAGACGUUUCCCUUUUGUUACACCUGCGAGAGCCUGCUUGACGACUGCAAUGACUUGGCCGUCAUCCUGUUGCAUUCUAAAUGGAUCGGAGCAGAACCUCGAUUCAGAAAGACGUUAGUGCUAUUUAUGCACCAAACCCAAGCUCCGGUUUCGUUUACAGCCUGCGGAGUGGUUCAAAUUGGCUUGGACACCAAUAUAAAGAUGGUAAAGUUUGCCUUUUCAGUGUUUACAAUUGUUCAAGAAAUGAACUUGAUGGACAAAUUUAAGAAGUAA